UGCUACAGAUUAUUGUUUUUAUUGAUUCAGAUGUUUGCAUGAUCCAUUGAAAUAGCUCUUUAAAAUGGAUUUGCAGAAGUUUGAUAUUGUUCAGUCAACCAAUUUAAAUGAUCUCAUGAACACCCCCCCUUGCUCUAUCUUAUUAUCCAAAGCCACUUAUGCAACUAUGGAGGAAAUGCACUGGAGCUACUUCUCCUGAAAAUUCAGGGAGUGAAGACAAUGGAGAGUUCAAUGAGCUUUCAGAUGUUGAAAGCGAUGGCAGUGGACACGUUGAAGAAUUUGAUCCUGCUGAAAUUUAUACAAUGGAAGACUUUAUGGCCGAGGAAGAAAUCCUAGAGAAGUUAGAAUUGAAAAUCAGUGACAACAUCAAAGCAAGGAAUGCUGCAAAUGCUUCUGGUCGUAGUCGUAGUCGCCGCCGCGGUGGGACAAGGACAGUCAUACCACGAAAUAGAGAGGCUGGCCAUGAUGAUAUUGUAGCAAACUACUUCUGUGAGAAUCCCAUAUACACCGACAGGCAGUUCCGUCAAAGAUUUAGAAUGACAAAGCCACUCUUCCUUCGAAUUGUAGCUGCUCUCGGCGAUUGGUCACCGUAUUUCAAGCAAAGAGUGGAUGCAACAGGUAGAUAUGGUCUGUCACAGCUACAGAAGUGUACGGCAGCCAUAAGAAUGCUAGCAUAUGGUACCCCUGCUGACGCUCUUGAUGAGGUUAUCAAAAUUGGCACGAGCACGACUUUGGAGUGUUUGGGGAAAUUCGCUGAAGGGGUGAUUGAAUGUUUUGGUCCAGAUUACUUGCGUCCUCCCACAACAGAAGAGCUUGAAAAGAUAUUGGAAGAGAAUGAGUCCCGUGGUUUUCCAGGGAUGAUUGGAAGUAUCGAUUGUAUGCAUUGGGCAUGGAAGAAUUGCCCGACUGCUUGGAGAGGCAUGUUUACACGAGGUGACAAAGGUGUCCCUACUAUGAUCCUUGAAGCAGUAGCAUCGCGAAAUCUUCGUAUUUGGCAUUUCUUUUUUGGAACAGCGGGUUCUAACAACGACAUCAAUGUGUUGAAUAGGUCACCCCUGUUCAUCGAUGUUCUGAAAGGGAUAGCUCCACGGGUCCAUUUCACUGUUAACGGGAAGCAAUAUGAUACUGGGUACUACCUCGCUGAUAGAAUAUAUCCAGAGUGGGCGGUCUUCGUGAAGACUAUACCAGGACCUCAAACACAGAAAGAUAAAUUAUAUGCAAAGGAACAAGAAUCAGUAAGGAAGGAUGUUGAGUGUGCAUUUGGCGUCCUGCAAUCACGUUUUAAUAUUGUUCAACGGCCAGCACGUUUGUGGAAACGGGAUGAUGUUGUCAACAUAAUGCAAGCUUGUGUAAUUCUUCACAACAUGAUAGUAGAAGAUGAGAAGGAAUUGGUUAGAGUUCCUUUGGAUUUGAAUGAAAAUCCAAAUGCAUCGAUUGCGUUACCACCAGAAGUCGGUACUUCUGCUGCACCUAAUCCCGUAUUCGCCGAUGUACUAAGGAGAAAUUCUGCUAUUCGAGCUCGCUCAACACAUGUUAAACUUAGGGAAGAUUUAGUGGAGCACAUAUGGCAGCGCAAAGAAAAUAAAGAAAAUUAGUUCUCGUGGUGCAAU